CUCUUCUCGUGCUUUCAUCGUCUCUUGCUCGCUGGGCAUCAGAGAAAGCUUAGGCCCUCACGAGGGGCGAAUCGCGUUGAAUAGUACGCAAAACCGUAUCGGAUAGCCCUCGCUAUCGACACGGCAUUGGCACGCAGAAGCUACCCCGGAGCGCGUCUUCAAAACACACGAGAAGCAUGGGCGAAGUCGUGAACGUUUUGGUCGCAUUUGCGGUCAUUGUCGUUAUCUUUAGAUGGGCGACGAGUCCGGGAGGCGACGCGCCUACAGCCUCUGGCGGCGCCCCCUCCCCGCAAGCAGUCCUCGGCUUCAGGCCAAAGAACGUGACGCAGGGGAUGGUCGACCAGGUCCUCGCCAUGUUCCCUGACAUGCCACCAGACAACGUCCGCUUCGACCUCCUCCGCACGGGCUCCGUCCAGCUCACCACGAACAAGAUCCUCGAGCGCGGUUUCCUCGAUCCGCCCCCACAAGCCUACUACACCCUCUACCCGCGGCAGGAUCAACCCGCCGCACCUUCCUCGACGACUGCAGCAUCCACCACGACCGCGCGCGCGGCGCCGAAGAACCUGAUCGCGCGCUAUCAUCUGGAGGAACGGUUGAAGAGGGAUGCGGCGAGUGACCCCGCCCCGACCACUGCAGACCCCGGCGGGAAGGCGCCAUGGGAGGAGUCGGCGGAGAAGCGCGAGGCGAGCCUAAGGGAGAGGAAGGCGCAGAUGAUUCUGGCCGCGAGGCAACGACUGCUUGCCGCGCAGAAAGGGAAGACUGCGGAGGGAAAGACCGCUUGAGGCGGGGACCGGAUCACAGAACUUUCGCCCAUGCGAUGCAGAAAAUCUGUUCUUUGGUGAGGCGAAGAUGGUCGUGAGGGGAAGAUCCUACAUAGGACGAGACAGACGCACACGGUGCUUGUUGAUUCUGUAGAGAAAUCUAUUGCACGGAUCCCCGAGGGUGCUCGAACGGAGAUUUAGGCCUGCUUAGAGAUCUUGAGGUGGUCAUGUUACGUAGGCAAGUAAUGAUAGACCAUUGGCGUAUGACCAUGGAUUAUGUAGUA